AUGUCCCUCCUCUUUGGCUCUGAUUUGGCUCUGAUUCGAUUAUGUCCCUCACUCUUUGGCUCUGAUAGACUCUCCCUUCUCUCUAUUCGAUUAUGUCCCUCACUCUUUGGCUCUGAUGGACAUCCCUCACUCUUUCGAUUAUGUCCCUCACUCUUUGGCUCUGAUGGACAUUACUCCUGCUUCUCUCUAUUCGAUUAUGUCCCUCACUCUUUGGCUCUGAUAGACAUUAAUCCUGCUUCUCUCUAUUCGAUGCCGUUCCUCAAUACUUGGUCAUUACUCUUUCUUGUCCCUGGUCGAUUCUGUCCCUCAAUAUUUAUCCCGGGUAGAUGCUAUCACUGCUUGACUCUAUUCGAUGCUGUUCCUCACUCUUUGGCCCUGAUAGACAUUACAUCUGCUUGUCUCCAUUCCAUGCUGUUUGUCCUUGAUAGACGUUAUCCCCUGUUUGUCGCUGUUCAAUGCCCUUACACUCACUUUAUCUCUGAUAGACGUUACUCCUUGUCCCUGUUCGAUGGUGUUCCUCUCUUUUUGGACUCGACGAUAUUCCUGCUUGACUUUCUUCGACGCAGAUACUCACUGUUUGGCCCUGAUAGACUUUACUCAUACUUGCCUCUAUUCGAGGGUGCUCCUCACCAUUUGACCUUGAUAGACACUACUCUUGCUUGUCUCUGUUCGAUGCUACAGACGCUUCUCCAACUUUGUUCCCUACUGUUUCUCCCUCCAGACGCUGUUCUUAAUCUCUGUCCGAUUCUGUUCCUCAAAGCUGGUUGCCGUAGACUUUAUUCUUCACUGUUUCUUCCUGGUGUUCCUCAUCCGUUCUUGCAGACAGAAUCUUUCUGUCUGUGUCGAAAUCUGACACUACGCCCAAAUCUUUCUCUAUUCCAGUACUCUUUAGCAUUCUUUGCCUUCGUACGAUGCUGUCCUUCACACUCGGUCGCUGCAGAAGUUAACACCCCCCCCCACUGUUUGUCUCUGUACGAUACUGUUCCUCACAUAUUUUUCUUCAGACAAACGUUACUCCCCAGUCUUCGACGAAAUCCGACUCUCUUCCUCGUUGUCUUUCCAGACGUUUGGCCGCUGAAGGCAUUAAUCGUCACUAUUUGCUUCCGUACGAUUCCGUUGCUCAAACAGACGUUAUUUCUCAGUUGCUCUCCGAACUCCGUGGUUAUACGCCAUGUUUUCUCUAUUCCAACGCUGUUCCUCAAUCUUAGUCUCACACGUUAUUCAUCAUAUGCGGUCGCUGUAAAUCUUAGUCAUCACUCUCUAUUGAGAUUUUGCCAAUCUCCGACAUUGUUCUCCAUCGUUUGUCCCUUUCCGGAACGCUUCCCCGUUGUCUGUUUCUGUCCGUUACUCUUACUAAACUCUUUGUCUCUUAAAGUGCUUAUUCCUCACUCUGUCUGCUCCCGUUGUCUCUCUCAGCUUGUCGCUGUUACUCGGUUUAUCUCUCUCGCUCUGACACUUCUUUUCUUCACUUCCAUAACGCUGCCAGUUGUACGUCUUUGCCCAACAUUCAUUGUCUCCUGCGACGUUGUUCUCCGUUUAUUUUCUAUCUUCGAUUCACCCAUUGUUUGUAUGCAACGCCAAUCCGGACUUUUGUCUCUUUCCGAAAUUGUUCCUAAAUUGUUUUUUUUUUUUUCCUUCUCUCCUUCCCUCCCCUCCGAAGCUGACCUUCACGUUUCUUUUCGAUACUGUUCCUCAUUGAUUGUUUCUAUCCGACGCUGA